AUGGAGCUGAGGAGGUCCAUCUCGGCCAGCGCGGAGGCCGAGAGACCGAUGAGGCGCUACGGGGCAGUGGAGGAGACGGAGUGGAAGGCGGAGGCGCUGGGGAGAAAUCAACUUGACAUCAUUUCAAUGGCUGAAACAACAAUGAUGCCUGAGGAAAUUGAGCUUGAGAUGGCAAAGAUCCAGAGACUUCGGGAAGUAUUAGUCAGAAGAGAAUCAGAACUCAGGUUUAUGAUGGAUGACAUCCAGCUCUGCAAAGACAUUAUGAACCUUAAGAAAGAGCUGCAGAGUUUGGUAGCAACCCCAGAAAAAGAAAAAACAAAGAUGGAGAAACAAAGAGAGGAUGAACUGAUUCAGAAGAUCCACAGACUGGUACAAAAAAGAGAUUUUCUUGUAGAUGAUGCAGAGGUGGAGAGAUUACGAGAAAAAGAAGAAGACAGAGAGAUGGCUGAAUUCCUUCGCACCAAGUUAAAACCCUUAGACAAAGCAACACAAUCUCCUACCAGUGACCCAGCAGAAAAGAAGGCAGAACCUCCUCCAAGCAAGCCCACCAUUGCCAAAGCAGGAUUGGCUAUUAUUAAAGAUUGUUGUGGGGCUACACAAUGCAACAUCAUGUAGCUCUGGGCUCUCUACCAUGUUUGUCUUUUCAAAUGUUUUCGCUGAAUGAAACUGUAGGAUGAGGGGAACUAACAGCGUCCUGCUAACGGAAUCACAAGCAACCAGUACAACAGUAAUACAUGGAAUGUACAAUGGC